AUGGGUUGCUGUCUUUCGCGUCCGAGCAAUGACGAACAGUCCUUCCAUGCAUCCACAGCGACACAAGAGCGCGGGGAAGACGCUCUUUCAACACACCAGUCUGACCAUCAUUCACGUCAACAAGCUUCAAACAGUUCUACCCGUCGCCGUUCUCGCCCCAGACGUCAGGGCGUGGCGCUCCCACUAGACCAACACUACAACCAGCCGAUCCGACCGCACGUAUGGCGCAGUAAACGUCGCCUCUGGACGCGAACACAAAUUGAUCGAGAGCGGGAAGAGUUUUUCGAUACUAGGGUUACUGGCCGGACAGAAGUGUGGGCUGCUCUUGGUGCAGCCUUGUCGUUGAUGCGCGAUGGUGAGAUUGAGACGGCGCAGGGAAUCAUAGAUGCCGCUGGGGUUACCGUACCUACAGGCGAUCUGUGUGAGGGCUGUUACGACGAAAACGGUGUGCUAUACCGGUUACCACAAUGCAUCGUGAGCGACCCGGAUAAUAUUGUGGAUGACUCUGGUGCUGCAGCCAACGAAACUGAUGGAGCGGACGACGACAUGGAAGAUGGCAUAUCAGACCGCAAAAUUGUUUCGGAAGAGUCAGAUGAGGAACUCAUUUCCGAGGAUCUUGAGAGACGUCGUGAGGAGAAGGGAAAAAUGAGCGAGCGCGAUAUGAUCAGGGUUCAAGCCCGGUUAAGUGACCGUGGUGGGCCAGAUGUGGUCAUAUCUAUUGAAAAGACGCAAACUGUGGGCGUUCUUGCUCGCAAAGUCCAAAGUGAGGUCAAGAUGCCCAAUACCCAUCGUAUCCGCAUUGUUUAUCUUGGCCGAAUGCUGAGAGAAAGCGAACCGUUAGUUGAUCAAGGCUGGAAGCCAGGUCAAGUCAUAAACGCAAUGGUAGUCGCCAAACCACCUUGA